AUGACGAAGAAAUUUUCCAUCAGCGUGUUGGACGUCAACGAGGCCCCAGUCACCAUCGUCCUCUCCUCGAGUGACGUAAAGGAAAAUUCGAAGCCUGGAACUCUUGUUGGAACUUUAAUGGCUGCAGACAAUGAUACUGCACAAAACUUAACCUUUAAACUAGAUGAUGACGCAGGAGGAAAAUUUUCCCUGCAAUCCAACUCUUCUUGCCAGAGUAUUAGUCCCACUGGAACUCUCUGCACAACAGAAUUACUUGUCAGCGGCGAUAUUAAUAACGAAGAUACCUCAAGGCUGGACAUAAUCGUUCGCGUGACCGAUAACAAAGGUCUUUUUCGCACAGAGAUGUUUAACGUGACAGUAAUUGAUGUGAAUGAUCCGCCAACAAAUGUCACGCUAGAUGGAAGUGGAUCUGCUUUAAUUCCUGAGAACAGCAAAGGUGUUCAAGUGGACAGUCUUAUAACAGAAGACGAGGAUCAGGGUCAAAACUUCACUUAUGUCUUGAUUAACAACCCAGGGGAAAAUUUCGAAAUAAAAGGGGACAAGCUGUUUACUUCUAAAAGUGCCAAACUUGAUUAUGAAUCGUCUACAAGUCAUCAAAUCACAGUGAAAUCGACUGAUGACGGUAAUCCACCUCUUUCUGUGCAGGUGUCGUUAGUUAUUAACCUCCAAGACGUUAACGAAAAGCCAACCAAAGUAACCUUGUCCAACAUAAGCGUUCAGGAAAAUAUACCAUCUGGAACGCUGAUUGGUAAGUUGACAGUCAGCGACCCUGACAGACAGCAAAGUCACGUGUGCAGUUUGACCGAUUCAGCCAAUGGGAAGAUAGCGUUAAGUAAGAACCAACUGACCGUUGGGAGCGCAGGCAUCAAUUACGAAGAUGCGAAUUCGUUGAGCGUUAAAGUCCUGUGUCGUGAUCCCGGUGGCCUUGCUGUGGAGGAUACGUUUGUGAUUCUUGUUCGAGACGUCAACGAGGCUCCGGCAAGUAUUUCACUAUCAAACGACAAGGUUCAAGAAAACCAUAAAGGAGGUACCGUAGUCGCACAGAUCAUAGUCACGGAUCCGGAUAAUGAGAGAAACCGGGUUCAAUCGUUUACGCUCUCAAUCUCUUCCUCCGGCCCAAAUCUACCAUUUCAGAUCCAAAAUAACAGCCUUGUUACCAAACGCCCACUUGAUUAUGAGAACAGCGAUCACUGGCUUGUGAGAGUGUCUGCAAAGGAUGACGGGAUACCUCCGCUUUCCAGAACUCAGGCAUUUACGAUCCAAGUCAUUGACGUAAAUGAUGCUCCAGAUGGAAUGGUGGUAAGAUAUUUUCUUGAUACAUCAUUUUGUUUUUAUCCAAACAAGUUAUGAACCCAUUAUUCAGCGGUCAACCUCCACUGAGCGGCCAUUCGCUGUUAACCCGAGGGUGGCCACUCAAUGGAACUUCAACUGUGUUAGCAAAUAGAAAGAAACCUUAAUUAUGGAGAUGGGUUGUUGGGAAAGAAAGUCAAACUUUCAGCCAACUCAACAUUGGCGAUUGUUAUAUGAGGGAAAACUUGACCCCUUUGCCCGAUGUAAGGACGAGACAACAGCGCUCGCGCAUGUUCUGAUUGUCUAACCUUGACUGAGCUGAACGGGCUGGGCGAGUCAGUGUGUUUAUAUGGAGAAAGAGGAGAGUGACCCUGGUACCACCGAAAAAGGGUAACUCUUUUUGGUGGGUCACCUUUCUAGCCGAGCCAAUUUUUUGUUUCUAAUGUCCACGGCUCGCCAAGUUUUGUAAGGAAAUGCGGGAGAAGUUGUAGCCAUUGCAUUUUUCCAAUCUCCCGCAAGUAGAUAUCAAGGUCCUGGUCCAGAGGGGCUGCUUACGUGGGCGGUAAUUACUAACAGGGAUCUUCUCUCUUUGUGUUGAUUUAGCUUUCAAGUUCUGAUGUAAAUGAAAACAGCGAUGAGAACACUUUGGUUGGUUCAUUAUCCGCAGUGGAUCAAGACACUUCACAGAAUCAUACUUUCCAACUGAUAAACAGCGCUUCGAGAAGGUUUAAAGUUGAUGGAAAUGAAAUUAAGGUAAACGGCUUUCUCAAGGCUGAAAUUAAAAAUAUUAUGCUGUAUUCCAAAACGUAGAAGCUACUCUUAACAUUAAACACAAGACGACCUAUAUAACUCUCAAGGAAAUUAAGGCAUGUGUGCUUUUGCAAUUUCCCUCAAAAAGUCGAGGGGUGGUCUAUAUUUCGAGGAUUAAGGCCUCUAGGGACAAAACUUGAAUAAAAUAACAACUCUCAAAAGUUUAUGCGAUUCAGAGUAAAAUUUUAGUGAUUAGGGUAAAGAAACUGAGUGAAUCAAGUUUCAGGUUAGUGUUCCCAGUAUAAAGUCGACUCCCGAUAACUCGAACCUUCAAGGGAAUUCCAAAAAGCUUGAGUCAUCGAUGAGUUCGAGUUAUCGGGAGUUUGAAGCAAAUAGCUGGAAGUAAGAAAAAAAAACAACAGUUUUUACUGUACAGUGACAAGAGAGGAUAAAGGGGACAGAGAAGGCAUCCGUCAUACACGCCCUAUUCCAUAGGUAAUUCGUCUCGAGUUAUUUUUAGAAUCGGGAUAAAGUUACCUCGCGCGCUGCGUGGAUGUUCCGUGGAGGUUUCGCAUGACUAAACGCCGUGCAAAACAUGUCGAGCGAAAGGCAGUGAAAGCGUAAAGAGAUCGAGAGCAUUCCUGAAUAUUGAAGCGAAAUGAGUCGGCGCUCACCUGGGAAAAGGGAAUCGCUGGACUCGUGAAACCCGUGAAAUCAGUUUAACUCGAAGUUGUCGUAACCUCAGUGCUUUAAUAAAAUGAGAAAUUUCGCCGGUCUAUUGGAACCGGUCGUUUGUACAAUAAAGCAAGUAGGACGCCAAGUGUUAUUGUUGUUGAAUAAUAAAAGACUAAUAAAAGAAUAAAUAUGAAACCAGAAAUUGCUCUCUUCAAACUGUAAAUUAUAAAUGAUCCUGAGAGAAUAUUCAGUGUGUUAAGGAUUUCCCUCCUCUACUGUUAGCUCUAUACAAGAGAGGAAGGGCGAUUCUUUUUUGAUUUUCGUUUCGCUGACACAGCUUUAGCAGAAAUCUCUCUGUAGUCAUUUUCGUCGACAAAAAGAAUAGCAAUAUCGCUCUCCGCGUCUUCCGCCAUUUUGUUCUGCGUCAAUUCGUGAGGGACGCGUGCCACUGAGCGUGGGUCAUCCACGCGGAACACAUUCGCGCUAUGUGAUUGGCUGUUGUCUAAUCCCCCUUGAGAUCUGUGAUGUUAAAAAUAACUCGAGACGAAUUACCUGUGGAACAGGGUGUGUAUGGGGAUGCCUUCUCUGUCCCCUUUAUCCUCUCUUGACAGUGAAUAUUUUACUCACAGUUAUUUGUAGAAAUGUUGAGUGAAAAUGGGGCGAUACUUCAAGAUUAUAAAUCAGAACGUAACGUAACAAAAAGCCUAAAUAGUGAAUGCUUUUUACUGUUUCGAGAAGUAAAGCUGUUUCACCGUUAGAUUCGUAACGAACAACAUCAUCCUCCUCUAGCAAACUAUGUGCUAAUAGCACAUCAAUGGGAAAUUCAAAAUUAAGUCCUCAAAACAUUCUGUUUUUUAUUACUCAGGUGGCUAUUUCCAACAAACAAUGCUUGAGUCAAGGAGGUUCGUCAUGUCUCCUGAAUUACGAGAAGAAAAGGAGCCACAUUAUCAGAGUUAAGACUACGGACGAUGGUAGCCCACAACUGUCCUACGAAGAAAACUUUAGAAUUGACGUGCGAGAUAUCAAUGACAUGCCACGUGACUUGCAGCUCUCCAAUAACCAAGUAAAGGAGAAUGUGAAGAUAAAUACCUUGAUUGGAAGGUGUGUCACGUGAAUUAUUGUUUUAUUCAAAAUAUUUCGGAUUAUGGUUGUAGAAAUCAAAUAUGAAAUUUUGCUCCUAGUUUAUAGAUCAUGAUAACAACCAAGUUUUUGAAUUCCAGUUAUUGUGACCUCCGCCCAGUUAGCUCAUUUAGAAGAACGCGGGCCUCCUCAGCGGAUGGUCGAGGGUUUUAUCAAGGUAUCUAGCAGAUCAUGCUGGCUGUGAAUAAGACCUUGCCUCAGUUCAGAUGAUUAGUCAUUGGCAAUGUUGUCACACGGUUGGCCUUAACUCCUUCAUCCUUUCUUAUUGGUGCGACUUUUUUGUUGGAGGAAGACACAGACAAUAGAGAUCUUUGGUCACUCUAUUACGUUUAGCGAAAAUGUCGUAGUGACGGAAACAAGUUAUCAAAUGUUACAAGAGUUAUAAUCAUACGAUCGGGAGAAGGCUUAACCUCCUUCAAUUAAGAUAACCGUGUCAACAUUUCUGGUGGAAAAAAGAAAAAUGGAGUUUUUGGGGUAUCUAGCUUUAAGCCAAAUCUCGUCUUCGAAUCUAAAGGUCUCUAAUGGUGAGAGAGUUGGGGUAGUAGACCCUGGUAUGGUGAUCUAUCUUUGCCACUUAGGUUGGGAGAAGACUGCUACAGGCGCGUACCAAUUCGUCUCAUACUAUUGCGGUCACCAUGCCAACAAUUAACAAAGCAAACAGAACAGAUAUGAACAAUUAGAGCAACCAAAUCCUAUCCAGUUGCCCUGUUUAUGGAACUUCAAAUUCCAGUUGUAAAAAAACCUAGCAAUGCAUGAAGCUUCUAUUUACGAUUAAAUCACUUGAUAUUUUUUGUUCCUUGUGACUAGGCUUACAUCACGUGACGAAGACGCUAGCCAAUCAGCAACAUACUCACUGACCAAUGAUGACAGUGGGCGCUUCAAGGUUGACUCUCAGGGGAGACUGUACACAGCGAAGAAUAUCAAUCAUGAAACCCAGAAGAGACAUGUCAUCAGAGCAAUGGUAACGGAUAAUGGAAACCCGCCUAUGAAAGUGAGUCUUCCAGUAAUAGCUAUUAUCAUUUUUGAUUGGUGUCAAGGUCAUUAUGUCAUUGAAGAAAACUGGCUACGGAUAAUAAUCUGCUCAUGCACAUUAGAGAAAAGAGUUUUGAUGCUGACAGUGCGUUGCGCAUUGGUAUUUUUUUUUUCGCAGCCUCGUUCCAAGGAUCUAUGGGAACAAGGUUGUGUAAAAUCAUUGAACUCAGUUCUCAUAUAAAAUCAUUUUUUUAAUUGACUGCUGUCUUUAUUAAAAAGAAUGGGGAAAUUUCUGAAAAGACACCCUCAAAGAGGAGUGUCGCCUUUCAAAAUAGAACAUUAUAUACCUGUGUACCUCGAGAUCGACCAUCUUCUUCAAAUUUUCAAGUUGUUAUCAAGCAAAGUAAAGGUCUGACUAACAUCUCUCAUCUAACCAAAAAAAUUACUGACUGAAAAGAGUGACUGAUUUACAAAUAACAAAUCAGUUUUAACCGAAAGUGAAAGAUUGUCUUUUGAAAGCCUUUGGCGUUCUUUUGCUAGUCAGAUGCAGUCAACCGAGACACUCAGUUUAACGGGAGGUAAUUUUACGAAUAUCAAGCACUGAAUGGCUCAUUUAUCUGAAAAAGUGUGUACUCCUAUGCUGGCUCCUUGCGGGAUUCCAUCCAAAGCGAGAAAUUUUCCUUCGCAUGUAAUUUUUCACUUAAUGGGGACAUUUUAGAUGGUCACAACUCAAAGAAAAUUUGUUUCAUUUUCCACAAUUUCGGAGAAAAGUUAGUUUCAUACUAAGUAGGUUCACUGUACCUCCGGGUGAACGUAGUCCUGAAUAGGACUGUUGUUGUUGACAGUGACUGACGUUUCGACAACCUGUGCGAUAGUCACCUUCAGAGUCAGAGUGAGUUUUUUCACUACGUCAGUUGAUGGUAUUAAACUCUGGUUAUUGACCUGAUUUGAUGGCGCUUGUUUUUGAUCAAAUCGUUACUAUGCAAGCCCCACUUUUUUUACAUCUAUGCCGGUGGGAAAUUUAAAUUGGGCGCACGAGCGAACUGUCAGUCCAUCGCCAAUAUCCCAGGGGAGAAUGCAAAGUGUACAACAGAUCUUCUGUUAAAUGGUUCCCUAGAUUAUGAGGCUUCCGCUGAGUACUCUCUGAUGAUGCGCUUGACGGACAACCAAGUUACUUUUACGACGCAGCAAUUAAAGAUACGUUCGUAGAUCAAAAUGAUGCUCCUGAAAAUGUAACACUGCGUGGAAGUAACGCUGUGUCUGUUAAUGAAAACGCCAACUGUGCUUUUGUUGGAGAACUGAUGACUAGUGACCAAGAUGUCGGCCAAUCGCAUACUUACAAGCUGUCGAACAGUACUGGGGUUAAAUUUAUGAUCUUAAACAACAAGCUGUACGUCUCAUCUUCAGCUUAUUUGGAUUAUGAAGCUCAAAGUCUGUUCACGGUUAGGAUUCAGUCUGAAGACAAUGGUAGGCUCCCUCUUUGUUUGGCAAAAGAUUUCAAGAUCACUAUCAUCGACGUCAACAAAGCUCCAGUGAACAUCACCCUUUCGCCUGUGAACAUAGCCGAAAACAGCGCACCUGGAACAGUGGAACAGCUUAAUGUCACCGAUUCGGAUAACUACGGUUCACGUGGCGCUUGGCAAUCGCACAGCUGUCAAGUUAUUGGAAAUCAGGUCGGGAAAUUUACAGUUCAAACCAAUUCGCUGGUAGUGGGUAACGCCAAUUUAGAUUACGAAGAGGCUUCAUUGAUGCUUGUGCAAGUAAGAUGCUCCGAUAGCUGGGGACAAAAAAUAAGUUCAAAUGGUGUGAAGAUCUUUCCAAUACCUUUGCAUCUAUGUGAAUAAACGAGAUUAAAAACGAGAUAAAAAAAAAGGCUUAACCGAGGGGUCUGGGAUUAAAUAGAGCCAUUAGAGACCUUUAGCAUCAGGUAAACCACAAACCGCAGACCGCAAACCGCAGUUACGCGUUUGCAGUUUCGCGUUGCCGAGAUUUCAAACUUUAGCAAGGCGUUCAGUUCAGUUCAGUUCAUUUUUAUUUAGCCAAAAUACAAUACAAUACAAGAAUACAUAUAGGAAUUGUAAGGUUGCAAGGGAGCCCAGAAGAAACCAGAAGGCUUUAUGAAGCCUGGGCUCCCCAGUCUGAAAGAGAUAAGCAAAAUAAAAUGAUAUUCGCGAUACGUUAAAAAUAGGAACCAAACAGAGACUGAGUUAAGUUAUGAAUUCAGAAACAAGAUAGAAAAAAAAAUUAACUCUGGAUUGGAACAGAAUACUUUCCUUUGUUAUCAGGGCAGAAAGGAAUAUAAAAUUGAUUUGAACUACGCGUUCAUUGUAUAGGACCGCCAUGUUGUUUUCAUCAAGUCCAAGUGCAUCACUUUAAUCGCCCAAAACUCAGCAAUAAUUCAUUGAUUCGAGAUAAAAAUCCAACAAACACAUCGCAAACGGAUACAAAAAGCUAGUUCAUACCUUUAAACGCGAGGCUGUACAAUUUUUUGUGGCAAAAAACCUUGCCGUAAAUCACUUACCGCUGGAAGCCCUUCCUGCGGUUCAAACGUGAACUGCAAACUGCAAACGUGACCGCAAGGCCGUGGUCACGUGACAUUUUGCGGUUUGCGGUUUGCCGUUUCCCACGAAAAACCUGAUGCUAAAGGUCCCUACUAACCACAAAACACUGUUAGCACCUCAUUAUUUUUCUCAAAAAUUUGGCAUUUACUUCAGAAGAGUCUUACAGGGUUUACGGUCAAGUUGAUAGAUAUUGAUAUAUCCACAGUUUUGAGUGUGCACGCCCCAAUGUUGCUGGUCGAAGGAAACAACAUCGAUCAAGAUGAGACCGCACGCUUAAAGCGCGGAAUUCCACUGUCAUUUAAUUCAGUUGACACUCAGUAGGUUCCACUCUUUUAGUUUCCAAUUUAUAAACAAUGUGUUGGAUUUCUUGUAACGCUGUUUAACAUUUUAGGACAUCAUAAGUACAUGAUUCUUAAAAGUACGUAAUUUACUCCGUCAUUCCUCGAUAUCAUUCCUAAAUGGUAGUGUUUUUCCGAAUACUUCUUUUUAUGUGUUUCAAUUUUCCCAACCAAAUGACAAACAGACAGACAUUUACUUAUACACUCAUGGGGAACACCACUGGUCUUCCAUUUCUAAUCGAUGAUGACGAGUUGAAUUCCACGAGAAGUUUGGAUUUUGAAGUCCAGUCCUCCUGGAACGUCACGGUCAGAUCAACUGACAGCAGCAGCCCGGCACUCAGUUUAAUAAAUACUACUUUCCAGAUAUCCGUUGUUGGUAAAUUAAAGGAUGCAGUGGUGCUUGACUGCUUCGCGGUUAGCGGAUAACUCCUUCGAAGCUUUGACUAAAGCUGUGUCAAGAUAAGUCUGUGAAAGCUCUAUGGUAAGGGCAAAAUGAUUUACAGAAGUCAUACAACCUGCCCUUGGAAUAUUAAAGCACUGAAACACCGCUGAAAGGUUAAUUUAUGCAAAGAAGCCACUUGCAAAAAAUGUAGGACUCAGCACUCUUGAAGAAGGGAAGGUGUUCAUGCACAGGGAAAAUAAAGAUAAAUAGUUUGAGAAAGAGGGACAUGAAUACAAUUCUGAGCUUUCACCUAGUGUUUGAACAAAAUAUCUGCGAGUAAACAUGUCAAUCAAAGUUGGUUUGCAUUUUUAUUACGUUUUAUUGACCCUCAUUGACAAAAUGCGGAAAAAGCUACAGGUAUACAGCUAGGAUUUCCACAGUUUGACAAUCCCUUACUGUCGCUUUAAGGCUAGACAGCGGUGUAAUUAGACUUGCCUACAAUUCGAGCUCAAUUUUUUUACGAGCGCGAAGCGCGAGCGGUAGAUUUUUUAUGUUUUCUGCGACGAAAAGCGAGCGACAGAGCGGGAGCUCGUCCUUCGAGCUGGGGCAAACUACCGGAACCGGAAAUGAGAAGCGAAGGACUUUGAGAAAGUCUACGGUGUGAUAGGCUCGAUUACCAGCCGCUGGUCGGGAAAUGAGGUCACGCUUUAAAGAAUAACUUUUAUUCAGCAAAAUAACGUUGGGAAUGACUACACAGGCCUUUCUGCAUUAGUCCAGUUUCGAAUUCUUCGUGGCCGCUGUAUUAAAGCGCCAAAGACUCAUUCGUACGGGGUUAGCCUCGAACUUGAGUAAAAUAUUCACAAAUACCAGCUAGAAGGUGCCUCAAUUUGAGUUUAAAACAACAGACAUAGUUGUACACGGGUCUUCUUCUGACUCAAUUUGUGAUUAUAUUUACCUUAAGUCGAGGCUAACCCUUUGAGCCAAACAGUGCCAAACAGUGCUUGGUAUUCGUGAAUUUCGCGAGAACUUCAUCUCGGUUGACUGCAUACACACGAGGAACGACAAUAAUAAAAAUCAGCUUCUACUUUCGAUAAAAAAACGUAAACUUUUUUGUUAUUAUUCACAAACGGCUCUUUCUCAUCCCUUUUCUUAAAUGAAAGACCAAUGCAAGGCAUACUUCAUUUGCAUUGUUCCUAUUUUUCUUUGCUACACUGAUCAUAAUCAUCACUGGAUCUUUAAACUUGGUUUGAUCCAAAAGUCCCUAUCUGAAGAAAAUAUUUCAUCUCGAGGUAUAUAUAUGAUAUCUGCUAGUAAUAACUGAUUUAAAAAUUCCAAUGGCAUCCAGGGUAUCCUCUAAAAAUCAAAAUACUUGCAAAUGAUUGCUCUUUCAGUUAGUUUUGAUAAAAGUUUAAAAUUUCUGCUUUUGAUAUCCUUCGGAAAACAAGCAUUCUUCGUGCAAAGACCGAGAAAAAGGUGAUCCAAACGCUUUUAUUCAAGAGUUAUAUACGAAACUUUCCGUUGAGUCGCUAACCUUCAAACAAACUGAGGAAAAUCAAAGCAAAGGAAAGUUUUUAGAGAGGUCAGCUUGUGUCGAAAAAAUUACUUAUGUGAAUUAACUCUUUUCUGUAACUCAUGAACCCGGUGAAAUUUAAUAUAACUUUUGGGAUAAACUAUUUUGGGGGAUGUAUGUUUGUGUCUGAGAGUAGGGGGGCUGUGGUAGGGUAGAAGCAGGUUACACUCAAGCCACUUAAUUCCCCUGGCGGUUCAUGACCAUAAUCACUGAUAUCUAUACCCACUCUUGUUUUGUGUGGUUAUUCUUCUUCCGCUGUAUAUUUCCUAGAGGUGCUUUAACAUAUUUUUACAUUGCUCGUCUAUUUUAGAUGGAAAAAUCCUUCACGAUCGAAGUUUUGGAUGUUAACGAGGCUCCAAUCAGCAUCAACAUCACUUCCCAAGGAGGUCAGCUGUCUUUCCCCGAUGGACAUGCUCAGAUUCGUGAGAACUCCGCUUCCGGAACGAAGAUCGGAACACUGGAGGCUUUUGAUUACGACGCAGGGCAAAAUUUGACUUUCAAUCUCGACGAUGAUGCCGGUGGGAAAUUUAAAUUAGCAUCACGUGCGAACUGUCAGUCCAUCACCAACAACCCAGGGGUGAAUACAAAGUGUACAACAGAUCUUCUGUUAAAUGGUUCUCUAGAUUAUGAGGUUUCCACUGAGUACUCGUUGAUGGUGCGCGUGACGGAUAACAACGGCACUUUCAUGAUUCAGCGAUUAAAGAUCACAGUCGUAGAUCAAAAUGAUGCUCCUGAAAAUGUCACGCUCGGUGGAAGUAACGCUGCGUCUGUUAAUGAAAACGCCAACGGUCAUUUUGUUGGACUAUUGGUGACUAGUGACCAAGACGUUAACCAAACGCAUACUUACAAGCUUUUGGACAGUGCUGGGGGUGAAUUUGUGAUCUUAAACAACAAGCUGUACGUCUCAUCUUCGGCUAAUUUGGAUUAUGAAGCUCAAAGUCAGUUCACGGUUAGGAUUCAAGCUGAAGACAAUGGUAGUCCCCCUCUUAGUUUGGUUAAAAAUUUCACGAUCACCGUCAUCGACGUCAACGAAGCUCCAGUGAACAUAACCAUUUCGCCAGCGAACAUAGCUGAAAACAGCGCACCUGGAACAGUGUUUGGUCAGCUUAAUGUCACCGAUCCGGAUAACUAUGGAUCGCGUGGCGCAUGGCAAUCCCACAAGUGCCAAGUUAUUGGAAAUCAGGUCGGGAAAUUUACAGUUCAAACCAAUUCGCUGGUAGUGGGUAACGCCAAUUUAGAUUACGAGCAUGCUGCAUUAAUACUUGUGCAAGUAAGAUGCUCCGAUAGCGUCUCUCCGCCAUUGUCACUGGCGAAAGUUCUAUCCAUUACAGUUGAUGACGUCAAUGAGGCUCCCACUGGAAUAUCAUUGUCAAGUGACGCCAUAGCGGAGAAUCAGUCUCCAAUGUUGAUAGGUAGGAAUGAUAAUUUAAGUUAAAAAGAUGUAAUGACUGAAUGAUAAUUGCUGUUUUCCAUAAGUAAACGUCUUGCCUUCUUUGUGAUUCGACUUCUUAACUAUCACAGAUCUCCACCGCGGUCAAACGUCAAGGGCGUUUGUUUUGUUUGUUGGGAUUUCUUUCAUCAGGAAGUGUAAACAUGGGCAAAUAUGUAUAAAUUCAUUCGUUUUCGUAACUAUCUUUACAUAGUUCUCAAGAAUUUUAGCUUUUUUUCGUGGAAAACGCUUCGCGCCCCGAGUAAAAUCAUGCUGGAUGAUGGAUGAAAACACCAGCUUCUGUUUUCAAACAUUUAGAACUUUUUAAUUAAACUUUAAAAAGGUUUAGUAAACUAACAGGUUGUUGGUAUUGUCUUUAAAACUAUGAAUCACAGAUCGUUCUAGGACAUCACCACGUGACCUAUUUCGCUAUUUCUAUUUCCUGUUGCUGGCCGUUAUCAUAGAAGGACAUCACAAAUGUACUAUAUUUAAUGUACUUUGUAACGUUCUUCUUAUUAGUUAUUUUUAUCGCCCAUGUUCAGGCUUGUUCUCAACCGCUGAUCCCGAUAACGCCAACCAAGUGACAAACAGACAGACAUUUACUUAUACCCUAAUGGGAAACACCGCUGGUCUACCUUUUAUAAUCGAUGGUGACGCAUUGAAUUCGACAAGAAGUUUGGAUUUUGAGGCCCAGUCCUCUUGGAACAUCACGGUCAGAUCAGUGGACAGUGGCGACCCGGCGCUCAGUUUAAUAAAGACUUUCCAGAUAUCCGUUGUUGGUAAGUUAAAGCUUGCAGUUAUGCUUGAUUACUUUUGCCUUGAGAAUAACUCCUUCGAGGUGUUUGACUAAAUCAGUUUCAAAAUUAACGGAAGCUUGAGGGUAACGACAAAUUGAUUUACAGGAGUUCAUACGACCUUCUCCUGGAAUAUAAGCCUACUGAAAUACUUAUCACGUUACCCCCCUCUCCCCCGGGAAGGUUGAUUUACAUAAAUUACCCACUUGCAAAGAAUGCGGGACUCGACAAGCGACUUGGAAAGAUCACUGACCUUCAGGUAAAUUAAGUUAACGAGGAUCAACUGAAGGUAUUUUCGAGACGAAACAAUAGUCAGUAACAAGGGAAAUUCAACUGUGAAGCUCUGCCUUUGUUAAAAUGGUGAUAAGGGCCAGCUUGAGUGGUGUUGUUUGAAGGACUUCGCAGUCUUUUAUCGAAAUAGAGAAGUACAAAAGAAUGACUUGAGGCUAUAGAGGUAUUAGGUUGAUUAGUGUCUGUUUGAAAAUAUUGUCACCCUUUGCUCAGUCGACUGUUAAUACAAAUACUUAUUAAUAAAGUCCACCUCUGAAUUAUUUUUGUGUUUUAUUCUUUUUCAGAUGUCAAUGAAAAACCAUUUAACAUCACUUUGUCAAAUGUAGUUAUAAACGAAAAUUCCCCCCAAGAUGCACUGGUAGGAACUGUGUCCGCAGGUGACCCUGACUUCAAUCAAACCCUUGUUUACACUCUGAUUGACGGAGUAGGAGGAAGAUUUAAACUGGAUGGAAAUAAGCUGAAAGUUGCUUUGUCCAACGAUGACUGUCUUAAAAUUGGCGGCGACUUCUGUAAAUUGAAUUACGAGAGACAAAAUACUUACAAAGUAAGCGUGCGAGCUACGGAUAAUGGGAACCCACCUCAAAGCAAUGAAGCGUUUCUGUCAAUCACAUUGAUUGACGUCAACGACCGACCACGUAACCUGAAGUUAUCCAGUAACAUGGUGAAAGAAAACGCCACAAUCGGAACAAAAGUUGGUCAGUUUUCCGCUACGGAUGAGGAUACAUCUCAGACUCUUCAGUUUGCUUUAAUCGACAGUGAUGGCGGGCGGUUUGCUGUUGAUUCUUCAGGAUAUUUGUUGAAAGCUAAAAGAACAGAUUACGAGACUAACAAGGUUCACAAAAUUGUCGCCCAAGUCAGGGAUAGCGGUAAUCCGCCUUUACAGGUUAGUGUAUAAAUAUAUGGCAUGUUGCCGUGCGUCUUCGCUGCUGGGUGAAUAGAACACAGAUGACGUUGAAACGUGGUUUGACCAAAAAAUAAGGAACAAUUUAUGUUUCUCACUUGGGGCAAAAUGAUGGCUUAGGGGAGGGGUAGGUGGGCAGUUUCCCAGAAACCUAAAUUGAUCAAAAAAUAAACCUCGUUCCCAGGUUUUCUCUCUCAUCCUUCCUCGAGGCAAGCGGGAGAGAGAGAAACCUGGGAACGAUGUUGCAAAAAAGUGGGACACAAGUCGCAGGCGAUUGCGUCACUGAUAUUCUUACCACAUUUUGACGUCUUCUGUGUUCUGUUACUAAGAAGACGCAUGGAAACAUAAAAUCUAUUCGUUUUAUACAACGAGCAGAAAAAGAAAAACGACAAACUUGUCUCUUAGGUCUUUACUGUUUUAGGAUCUUUUGCCAGUUUAGGCAAUUAAAAGUCGCCAACGCUACAGUUCGUAUUGGGUUCUUGUUUUCUUCUUUAUCCUUCUUGUAAAAAGAUCAUUCCAAUAGUUUUCCAAGGCCGAUUUCUUGCUGAUAAUCGCGUAAGCACUUUCAAAUUGCGGCUCUCUCGUCGCGGUGACACACGAUCACAACUUUUUUGAAGAUUUCUUCCAGUUUAGGCAUUUUAAAGUCACAAAGAACUCUUUUUGUUUCGCCUUUCCCGUUUUUCCUACUUUUAAACAGCUCUUGCUAAUGUUCACUUGCUUAAUCCAGAACAAACUUGCAAACACUUUCAAAACCGCGCGCCAUGUUGGACAAAACAAAGAAAACAAGUUUUCCGUGACGUCAUCCGUGUGCAUGUACUUUAAUAGAUCAUGGGCAAUGACCAAUCACAGCGCACCUACCAUUCACUUCAUUGUAUAAUGUGCAAUAGAAAUAUUAUCACCACCUAUUUUACCAUAAUUCCUGUAUCUGCGUUUUUCGUGCUGUCCACCCCGCCCCCUCUUGAGUUUGAAUGGCAUUUUUGGGGUAGCAACGACGGGUUAUUUUUAGUUGUCGCCAAUUACUGUCUUAAGACACUAAGAGAUUGUUUUUAAAUAACGCAUUUUUUGUACUCACAGAUCAACAAGACGUUUAUGGUUGUUGUGGAAAACAUUAACGAGGCUCCAAUAAACAUUUCACUGACGUCUGAAUCCGGACAACAGUCCUUCCCUGACAAUAUACCCAAGGUGAAUGAAAACUCUAAAACAGGCACAACAGUAGGGACAUUUCAUGCGUUGGAUCAUGACGAAGUUCACAGCUUAAAGUUCAUUCUAGAUGACGAUGCAAGCGGCAAAUUUACUGUGGGCUCAAGUGUCACCUGCCACAACAACACUUACAUCCCAGGCGUUAAAACAAAGUGUACGGCGCCGUUAAAGGUCAGCGGUGUUCUUGACUACGAAACGAGUUCUAGUGAAGAUAUUUUGGUCCGCGUGACUGAUGACAGCGGGUUUUUCCGUGUGCAGCCAUUUAAGGUUACGAUACUAGAUGUUAAUGACCGACCGAAGAAUAUCACUUUGGCAGGUGGAGAUACAGCAUUUAUUGACGAGAACCGUAACUAUGGCUUUGUUGGUGAGUUGGCGACCAUAGAUGAAGAUAUUAAUCAGACACACAGCUACAGUUUGAUAAACAAUGGAGGUUGGAAAUUUAUUCUCCCCCAAAACAAGAUCUUUUCUUCCUUCCAUGCGAACCUGGAUUACGAAACAAAGUCAGAGUAUUCUAUCGCGGUUAGAAGCAGAGAUAAUGGUUCCCCGAGACUGAGCAUCGAUAAAACAUUCACUAUUCAGGUUAGUUGUUCACUAAAGGUACUGAUCUAAGAAUACUUGCCUGAAAAAAUUGCCCCUGGCAAGAAGCAAGAGGAACGCAGAUGGUAGUUCACGCCAUCUGUCUGAAAAAGCCAUCGGAAAGGAAAGAUUAGGAUGCGUUCUCCUUUUCGUUCUCCUACACUAAACACAAUUAUUAUUAAUCUAGGAGACCUAUGUAGGAUUUCCUCUUUCGACAUUUUUGCAAUUAUUCGUCAUAAACGUAACUGGUGUGGCAAAAGACAUUGCAGUCUUUCCAGGCGUUAAGAAACGAUCACAAAAACGGCGUAGCAACCGUCAGGAGUAAAUCAACGCGUCGUUACUUAUAAUUUUUAACAGAAGCUAUAACAAACGCAACAAAAAAAUGUCCACUCUCUUUUCAGGUACGUGACGUCAAUGAACGACCCACGGACAUAAUUUUGCUCUCUAGCAGUGUCCAGGAAAAUAGCCCCAGAGGAACGCUGGUCAGUAAAAUUUCGGUUUCAGACCCUGACAAUAAUGGUCCUAGAGGAACCUGGCAAAACCAUACUUGCAAAGUACUUAAUAUCGCCAACAUACCAUUUAUCCUCAACGGGACAUCAAACUCUCUUCUGAUUGCUGGUGAUCUGAAUUAUGAGAAGACAAAAAGCUACAAUAUUGAUCUUCGUUGCCGAGAUAAGGGAAAGCCCCCUUUAUCCGUCGACAAGACAGUGCGAGUCAAUGUUACUGACGUCAAUGAGAAGCCGUAUGACAUCACACUUUCUAAUAACGAGGUCGCUGAGAAU